CUGCUUACCCUAGCCUUCAAAAACUCCCGAUCCUUCUUGCUUUCUUUUGCUUUACUGCUAACCACUCUCCAAAAUUUCACAAAUUCUUCUAAAUCUACUCAAGUUUGGAUAGAUCACAGCAUUAGUAUGAAGAAAAUUUUGGAUUCGAAGUCUUCAUCAAGAACUACAGAGGAAGUUUUCAAAAUUGAUUCCACUUGGGAGUCUUGAUCUUUAAGAAGUAUGAAUUUAGACUUGAAAGGGGGAAGAUGCGUGAAGAACUAAGUCAAUUUUAGAAUUCCAAUUCCAAAUAGGAUUGGGUUAUUAUCUAAAAUUUAGAUUAGAGCUUAGGAGCAUGAUGAGGUUGGGGUUCUAUUUUCAUCUGUAUAAAUAGGGGUUUGUCAACUUGCGGAGGGGGAGAGAUUAAGAGUGGGCAGAGAAGAAUUGGAGCAAACAUCGAGAGUCAGCAAAUAGGGUUUCGUCUUGGAGGGACCCAAUUGCAAUGAGGAAGUAAAUGUGGGACUAAAAUGAAAAAUGGAGGAACUCUAUGAAUUGAAGCGCCAAUUUUACCCCUUAAAAUUAGAUCUCCAUCAGUCGCACCUUCGCCGCAAAUGAGCUCAAGCUUUCCGCCUUCUCAGAUCUCGAAUUACCCAGCUCUAUUGAGGAAGCUUCGCCGAAAAAGGGGAAGGGAACAUUGGUUUGAAGGGCGAGUCUUACCCCUUCAAUCGCACCUUCGCGGCAAAUGAGCUCAAGCUUUCUGCCCUCUCUAAUCUCGGAUUACCCAUCGCCAUUGAGGAAGCUUCGUGGAAAAACGGCGAGGCUCGGUAUAGAAAAGAGGCAAAACUUAGGCUAGGGGGAAGAGGGUUUUUUGUUCGGAGGAGGCUGGAGAUUUCAGCUGAUUCUGGCUUUUGUUCGCUCUGUGCUCACUGCGUGGCUGCGUAUUCUGGCUUUUGGGAUGGCUCAAAUGAAUAACACUAUCCGGGUUCGUAUAGAUGGCUGGAUACAGGUCCUUCCUGCCGAAACUUCAUGGCCUAAAAUUUUUCAAGUGCCUCAUUAUUUACGAAAGCUAAAUGAAGAAGCCUAUGAACCUACAAUCAUAUCUAUUGGCCCUUAUCAU